AUUUUAGACGGCAACUGAUAUCAAGAAGUCGGUGGGUUAUAAUGAACAUGCCGUUGACAUGUCCCAACUCAACGACUCGUUGCACAAUUUGAUAGCAUCAAUAGACCCAGAAGUGUACCAUCAAAAAGCUAAUAUUUCCGAAGUGAUGCAGAGAAAUGUGACAAAUACAGAUAACGUUACCGAAACACAGUUCUAUGUAAAUGUCUCAUAUAUCGUGAAGUCCACUUCUACUUGUAGCAAAGACGGGAUGAAUGUGCUAGGGUUGAUCGUCUUCUCUGUCGCACUCGGUAUUGUGAUCAGUAAAUUGGGUGAACGCGGAGUUCCCCUCAAGAAUUUCUUUACUUCGUUAUGCGAUGCUGUGCUUGUUUUAAUUCAUGCCGUUUUAUGGUACGUCCCGAUCGGCCUGUUCUUUCUGAUUGCAGAAAGAGUGGUUUCCAUGGACGACCCUGCUCGUGUGCUGCAGCAGCUUGGUUACUAUAUGCUGACGGUCAUAAUCGGUCUUGUUCUUCACGGUUAUGUUCUCCUACCGAUUACUUACCUGAUCUUUGUUCGGAAGAACCCGUACAAGUACAUUUACGGGGUUCUCAAGGCGAUUUUCACGGCUCUAGGAACGGCCUCUAGUGCUGCGACUAUGCCUGUCACAAUGCAGUGCUGUGAAGAAAACAACGGUGUUCAUGAAAAGGCUGUGGACUUCGUAAUUCCGAUCGGUACAACAAUCAACAUGGACGGUACCGCUCUGUAUGAAGCUGUGACAUCCAUCUACAUUGCCCAAGUCAAUAAUAUCCCACUGAAUUUUGGUCAGAUCGUUACUGUCAGCAUCACUUCAAUUGCGGCGUCCGUAGGAACAAGCGCACCACAAGCUCCCCUUAUCACCUUGGCAAUUGUGCUCACUGCUGUAGGUUUGCCACUGAAUGAUAUUCAGCUCGUCCUUACCGUGGAUUGGUUCUUGGAUCGAUUGCUAACAAGCGUGAAUGUGUUGGGUAGUGCCAUUGGCGCUGGAAUAGUAGGACAUCUAUCCCGUCAUGACUUGAACAAAAUGAACACAAUUGAAGAGGCGGUGGCAGUUGAAGCUGGGAAUGCAUCCGAUAGCAGAGUCGAUUUGACCAGUGAAAAUGGUUACAUGGACGAGUGA